UUGUCAUUUAAGUCGGCCUACGACACAUUGUCUGAUGAGGAUGAACGCCGCUGUUACGACACAUGGCUAGACUCUUUGCUUCCUCUCAGCUAUGAAGAGUUCAAGAGAAACAGAGACGCUGUGAAAAUGUCAAUGCACUGGAUUACACCUAAAGAAACACCAAUGAUAUCGUCGUCGUCAGCGGGAACGCAAGAAAAAUCUAUGGAACCAGAAACGAAAUCUCCACUGAGAUGGGAAUCUGCGUAUUCUUUGGACGGUCUGGUUGUUGUAGCUCUUCUAAUCAUCUGUUCCUGCGCCUAUCUUAAACGAGUGCCUCGGAUAAACAGUUGGUUGCUUUCAGAGAAGAAAGGAUUCUUUGGAAUUUUCUACAAGGUG